AUGCAAUUCCAGAGUCUCAUUAUUGGCUUCAGCCUUGGCUGUUUCCAGCUCGGUGUGAACGGCUUUCGAAGCAACAGUGAACGGGCGACAGGUCACGAAGUAGUUAAACUUCAUAAACGAACCAGACCUUCGACAUCCUACCACCGCAUUCCCAAGUACUCCAUGGAAACAGGGAUUAGUAUGCUGCCAGAAACCGGUGUUCUCUGUGGAACAGUUCAAUUCUCCAAGGGAGAAAUCUAUCAAAAGGGAGAUAUAGCCUGUACAGAAUAUACGCGUAUGCGAAAGAACCCUCUUGUUAAAUUUAAUUCAGUCGGAAAUGUUCAUCGAACACACAAUCGUUUCAAUUCGCAGAGGCAAAAAUUUUACAUAUACCCGCUGCUUCCAUUAGAGAGCGAUGAAAAUGGCAUUUACAAGCCUACGCCCUACGUAGUCAUCACUAAACAAUGUAGUGUGGUUGCCGUCUAUUUGCGCACAUUCUCAAAGCCCAAAGCUAUGAUAAUAAAGAAAUCAAAGUUUGACAUAUGCUGGGAGGGUCGCAAUAAUCCGGAAGGAUUUCUUGAAGAGCCUUCUUCUCCUACGCCAAGUGAUGGCUCCAGCGACUCAUCAGAAAAUCAGCAUUUAUAG